AUGGAGCCGGGCACUGUCGACCGCAGCAAGAUCAGUAAUAUUGAGGCAGGCAACCUCUCGAACGAGAAUGCUGAGAGGCGUGCAGACGCUGGUCCCGACCAGCCCUUCACUUCCAUCCAGGCCUUCGAUGGUGUGGCGCCUGAGACCAUCAACUCUCGCCUGGCAAUGUUGGGCGUGACAUCCGCACUUGCAGCAGAGUUUGUGUCAGGCAUCGGCAUCAAGGAGCAGGUUGCCACUGCGCCCGUGAGCAUCGUAGCUGCCUUCGUCAUUAUCUCACUGGCGUCCUACAUCCCCAUUGUCAGGGGUUUCACACGGAAGGAGCCCUUCGCCAACGCAUUCUGGAGUCCAAAGGCAGAGAACUGGAAUGGCAGGCUUGCUAUGAUUGGAUUCACAGCAAUCUUGGUGACAGAGGCUCUGUCCGGGAAGACAGUGCCUGAGUUCUGGAAUCUGCCCCACGGCACCAUCAAUGCAGAGAUUGUCAACAACGCCGUUGUCAGUGUGCAGACCAUGAACACCUUCUUGUCGUCCGUGGCCCCAUGGAACUAG